GUUUUACAACACUCUAACGCCUGGUGUUGUAAUUUUUCAUUUUGUCGCAAGGUGAAAUCGAAAUGACGGCUAUUAAAUAGUGCAAAGUGAAUUUAAAUCACUACAAAUAUCACCAAAUUGUAGCUAAUAAAGGCGUGCAUCAGUUUUGCAUAAAUGCCCCUAAGAAAAUCUAUACAAAGUGCAUGAAAUACGUGAUUGAAAAUUUACUUUGUGUGUAGCACACACACGCACACACAUGGAGAUAAACGCAGCAAUGGCCUCGCACUCGCAUUCGCAGCAUAUAUAUAAAAGCUCAGUUGUAUAUUGAAGAAGGAGCGCACAAAGCAAAAGACGAGAAGAAAGAUUUCUGUGUCAUUGAACGAGGCGAAGAGGCGACGACCAGACCAAGACCAAAGAGCCGCAGACCGCAACUAGGCAAUUACAUACAAUAAUACAUAUAUAAUAACAGCUGCAGGUGCCCAACUCUUCAAGGAUACUACUGCCCCAUCCCCUUGCGUUCAUCGAAGAAAACUUGCCCUUGCCCUCAACAAACACACAAACAUACACACAUUACGAUCGAUAUUGACGCCGCCUGUUUAUAAAAGUUUUUAUUGAACGCAUAUAUCAUACAAAUGCAAUUGAAAUUCAUUUAAAAUUAGUGCUCAUUAAACAUUGUUCUCGAUGUGUACAAAAGCGUCAAGUGCGGGUGUGUGUGUGUCUAACAUCUCUCCUUGAAUGAAUUCAAAAGAGAACCGAGAAAAUUAAAGAAAUACAAAGCGGAAAUACUCUGAAAUUGUGUCUACCUUUCGUACGUGUGCGUGUGUGUGUGUAUGUGUGCAAGCAAGUGUAGCCAACGAUAGUGCGUUGUGCGUGUGUGGAAAAUCAACCCAACAGAAGACAACACUGGCGUAGCUGCCCGCAACCCGCAGUUCGCAGUCCUACGCAAGAUCAUACUGACACACACACAUCUGCAAAGCAGCUCCAGCAGCAGCGAAGCGCCGCUCAAGGAUUGAGCAAAAUGGCCGCCACACGAAAAACAGCAGCAAAAGUCACCGUUUUAUGACUCUAAACUGAUAUCGUGAGAGCGAGAGAGAGCGCGAGAGAGAGAGUGAGAGAGCGUCAGAGUGUGCAGCAGCUGUACGUAGUUUGAUUAACCAGCGGGCGAGUUAGCAGAAAAUCGCCAUCAUGGUGGACUGUGUGCAGUGCCCCGUGUGCACGCUGUAUCUGCAUGCGGGCAUGAAUCUCUCCGAUCAUUUGGAGACACAUCCCAAGGAGCAGGUCAUCAAGGCUCUGGUGCAAAUGACCAUAGCUGGCAACAAUGGCAUGGGCAGCGCCUUGGCUGCAGCUGUGCUCUCCGGGAGCGGCACGGCAAUAGAUGGCGGCACUGCAUCUAGCUCAUCCUCAUCAUCAUCAUCGUCAUCAUCAUCAUCAACGACGACGGCGGCUGAUGUGAAACCAGUUGUGCUAGAUGUAGUUCCUGCACCAACAACAUCAACAGCAUCUAAAUCAACAGCACCCAAAGCUGCCUUGCCUAGCAGCAGCAACAACAAUAGCAACAAAUUGAGCAAUCCACCGAUUAAGGCAGUUAAAAGCGCGCCACCCACGACUGAGGCGCCAGCCAACACAUCCAAUGCACCCACCACUAGCAGCACGAGCGCCAUUUACUCCGACUAUCGCUAUGAGCAGCAGCCGCAACAGCCGCAGCACCAGCAGGCGACGCUGCACGGGUUUGCACGUGGUGCCACCACGCUGUUAAUACCGCAAGCGCCACAACAGCAGCAUCAGUAUCUGGCCAACCAACAGCACUUUGCCCACCAGCAGCAGCAGCAACAACAGCAGUCGGCCAUGAAGUACACCUAUGCAGCAGCGCUUCCACCGCCGCCGCCGCCACUGCAGCUCUUUGCGCAGCAGGCGACGUCAACGCAGUCGCAUCAGAAGCCACCACCCGCCUAUGGCGCCGCCAUCAGUCAAAUUCGAUCUCAGCACAACCAAAACAAACAACAACAACAACAGCAACAGACACAACAACAACAACACAUAAGCAUACAACACAGCGUUAACCUUGCACCACCGAGUGGCAAACAUGGCAAAGUCCACACGGAUAUCUUCUUGAAUCCACCGCCUCCACCAGCGCCACAGAUCACGAUUCCGUCAACGUCGUCGUCGUCGUCGUCGUCGUCGUCGUCGUCAUUGUCAAGACUGCAACAUGCGCAACAGCACCAACAAUCUCUUGCAGCCGGCAGCUAUGCAGGUGCCAACUGCGCCAGCUCCUCUGCGACUUUGAUGUCAUCCACCUCCGUCGGACGCGCCAGCAACUGUCGCCAAACGAGCAAUUCGCCUUUUGGUGCGCUCUUAAAUGCCGCAGCGCAGGCCGCCUGCGCCUCGCCCGUUACCUCCAGUGCGUCUGUGCUGCGCUAUGCCGAGUCACCAGUGGCCCACUAUCUAGAGCGAGAGAAUGGCGACUUUAUAGUCCAGGAGACGCCCAAGCACAUUGUCGAGUGCGUCGAGAAGGAUGACGGCGAGUUCUCCGUGAUUGAGCGCAUCUAUCAGUCGCCACCCAGCGUGCUGCACAUACACGACGAUGACGACGACGAGGAGGAGGACGAGGAUGACAAGGGCUGGAACAGCGAUGAUGAGGAUCACAUGAAGGUGGAAGAUCAUGUAGAGGAUGGUGACGACGAGCACGAGGAUAGCCGCAGCCGAGUUGCACCCAAGACCACAACGAAAAAGUCACGCAAGACAAAAGCAAAUGGAAGAAAGCACAAACGCGCCACCAAGCAUCAGCCGGAAGAUGAGGACGACUUUAUGAGUCUAGGCAGCAGCUGUGCAGAAAGUGAACAUCAUGCAGAGCAGCAGCAGAUUCUGGUGCAGCUUUCGCUUGCGUCCUCUUCGCCAGCUCAACUAAGCACGGCGCCUUCGACGAGCAGUGGAGCAGCUGCUGGUGCUGUUGCCAACGCGUCCCCCUCCCCCACCUCUUCUGGCAGUGCCAAUUCGACGCCUAGCGGCUCCACAAAGUCCAAAAAGAAUCGCGUGACGGUGCUCAGCGAUGUGCCGCUCAACAUGAACGAGUAUUUGGAUCUGGUGGGCAACAUUGUGGCAUCAGGGCGCAUUGGUGCAGCACGUCCGUUUGCUGCCGUGGCGCCCAUACCGUUGGUCAAGGUGGAAAAGGAGGAGCCAAUGGACGACUACGACACCGUACAGGCUGCAGUGGAGCAGGCUGCAGUGGAGCAAAAGCCCAGCGUUGAACAUGCCAGUGGCAGCAGCAGCAACAGCAGCAGCAGUGGCCACGGCACCACAAGCGUCAUACGCAUGGCAGCCAGCACUAGCACCAGCACCAGCAGCGGCAGCGGCACAAACGUUGCUAACGAGGAUCUCACACAGCCGCCGCCAAUGAAAGUGGAAGUGGAGCCAACGAUGCUGCUGCCGCAACGCUUUUCAGCUCCAGCGCAGCAGCGUGGACCCAAGAAAUUAGUCAUCAAGCCAAAGGCCACAGCGACGGCAACGACAAAAAAGACUGAGAACAACGCUGCCGAAACAGCCAGCAUAUCAAAGGCGUCCACAGAGCUGGUGCAGGUGAAGAGCGAGAAUGUGGAGGCAGCCGCAACAACAAGCGGCAGCAUACUAGAGAAGCAUCUGACCACCAGCUAUGCGGCACAGCAGCAGGCGCGCAAACACUCUGCAGUCAAUGAUGAUGAUGCUCGCGUGCUGCUGGAGUUUGCCAAUUCGAAGCAACUGCCGCUAGCGGGUAAUAGCAACCAGACCACGUUUGUGGUAAAUGCGGCCAGCUUUGCCUCGGCGGGCUCCGUAUUUGCCAGCGGCAGCAGCGGCAGUGCGAAGAAGUCAAGCAAGCCGGGCGACGAGUACAUUCUGCCUGAUGAUAACAAUCUGGAGGUGGAUGAAAUUGUGAUAUCCUCCUCGUCAUCCUAUGCCUCUAAUUCGCAGCACAUGCAGCAGUCGCAGCAGCCGUCCGCCUUCACAGAUUUCAAUUUUCUUUACCAUCAAAAUGCAACCGCAACAACAGCGGCAGCGGCAGCUGCAGCGGCAGCUGCAAGUGCGGCGGCAGCUUCCCACUUUGCAGAAUUUGGCAUACAUCAAGAGCAAGAGCAGCAGGAGCAGGUAUUGCAGCAUCAUCCACAGCAUGGCUCUAGCGAGGCCACUAAUGCCGCCACGCUGGCCUCCUCCUCUAGCAAUUCAUCGGUUAUGGAUCAGGAUUGCUCCAUGAAUGCCACGUUUCGCUUGGGCAAGCAACAAUCCACAUUGGCUGGCUGGUAUCAGCCGCAGCAGCAGCAGCAGCUACAGGCAAGCAGUUCGCACAGCUGCCAUGUGGAACAGUCGAGCCAUUUUAUUGCCGCACUCGCAGCCGUUGACUGCUGCAACAGUGUGGCGGGCGUUGAUAGCGAUGUUAAGUAUUUGGAUCUGGAUACUUGCAAGCGGGAACAGUUAAGCAACAGCAGCAGCCAUUUGCCUUCCGUAUCCGCAUCCGCAUCGACAACAUCCUCAUCAUUUGCGGCCGCCGCCACGGAGAGCAGUCUAGUAAGCGGCUUGGGCCUUAACAUACGCACCGAUGAGAAAAUGCCCGCCAAGGGUGAAAUCUCCGAGCAGGAAAGCAACUGCGAUAUUGAGAACUCCUGGAGUCAAUCGAUGUAUGGUGACAUAUCACAGCGCUAUUUUAGAAAUCAGUUUACGGAUGGCUAUCAUCAGCAGCUGGCUGAUUGGCGUCACGAUUCCUAUCCGCCGCAGGACCUCAGUGGCCAACAGCAGCAGCGUGAGCCAAAGCGCUUUGAUUUCAACGCUGUCGCCUCGGAGUACGCGCAAUCGGGCGAGCUGGACGCUUCCCCGAGCUCAAACAGACACAAUCAUUUGUUGGAUGCACAGCCCACUGCUUCCUCGUCGUCAUCGGCUUUGCUGGCUGGUCCACCAAUAGCCUCGACGUCACGGGCUGCUGCCGAAGCGGAGGCCGUCGCUGCAGCGAUGGCGCAACGAAAGCCACCGCGUCGCAAGAUCUACAAGUGUCCGCACUGUGUGGUCAUCUUUGAGAAGCUGAAGGAGCGCAAUGCGCACAUGAUUGGCGAACACAACUAUGUGCGCCAGAAUCGACGACUCAUCUGCACGCAGCCGCAGGUCGAUGCCACAAUGCUAGCACAGCCGCCGGCUCAAGAGCAGCAACAGCAGCUCCAGCAGCAAGUCCUGCUGCAGUCUGUGGGGCAAAGCAAUGGCGAUGUUGUGCAUGAGGAUUCAAAGGAUGGUAUUGUAAAAAUCAAGCAGGAACACUGCCAAGAUAAACAGGAUUCAUCGGAGCAGCUGCUUGGCCAAAUGGAUAUGCCUGACGUCAAGGAUGCUGACCUGCUAGAUGCCAGCGCUGAUAAUGGUCGCGAUGCGGACAUGAAGCCACCAGCCAACGUCUCAGAGCUGGACGAGAAGCCAGCCAUAGCGCCGUUAGCCAUGACCACACCAGCUGCCAAGCUAGCUGCUCUUUAUCGCAUGCUCAUUGCCUACAAUGAGUCAAAGCUAGGCCAGGAGCGCAACAAUCUCAGCGAGCUGGAGCAAAAGGCCAUGGAGAAAUCUAUAUUCCUCUGUUAUGUGUGCCGCACCGAUUUCCCCUCAGUAAAGCUGUACGAUGCACAUUUGACAGAGCAUCCCGCUGAAUGUUUCACCUGUGGCAAGAAAUUCUAUCGCUGGAAGAACUUUUCACUGCAUUUGAAAAGGCAUCUGGGCUGGAAGGAGUUCGGCUGUUAUGUCUGCGACAAGAAGUUUGUGGUGCGCAGCGCGCUAGUGGAACACAUGCGCAUGCACACGGGCCAGACGCCGCUCAAGUGCAAGAUAUGCGGCAAAAAGUUCAAGCGCUAUUCGAACUUGACACAGCAUCGCAAGCGUCACACCAAAAUGAUGGUGCGCAAGAAGGAGUACGUGUGCCAUUGUGGCGAGGUGUUGCCGUCCAAGGCGCGCUUCCUGUGGCACAAGGAGACCCACGACUUGAAGCCCAAGUGCUGUCCGUAUUGCUGCGAUCGUUUCGUACAUGCCAAUUCGCUGCGUAGGCACAUUCGACUGGCCCAUUCGGAUAAGUUUGAUUAUGCCGAGCCGAUGGAGUGUCCCAUGUGCAAGCAGAUCUUUGCCAAGACCUCCAUCAAAGCGCACAUGGCUACACAUUCGACGGAUCCGCAAUACGAUUGCGCCAUAUGCAACAAGAGCUUCUCAACCAAAUGGAAUCUGAAGAUACAUUCGUGGGUGCAUGCGAAUCGCACGGCCAAACCGUUCAAGUGCGAAUACUGCCCCAAGGCGUUCGUUCGCGAGCUGGACUUCAAGAACCACAUGAAUGCCCAUAAGCAGAUCAAGCCCUACACCUGUGAGUAUUGCGGCUGCAAGUUCAUACGUAAAUACAAUUAUAUGCGGCAUCGACGGGAGCAUCAUGGCAACAAGAAGUUCACCUGCGACCAGUGCGACAAGUCUUUUCAUCGUCAUUAUUAUCUGAUCGAGCAUCGGCGCAUCCACACUGGAGAGCGUCCCUUCCAUUGCACCAUCUGCGGCAAGAGCUCGACGACAAAGACCAAUCACAAUAAGCAUCUGAAGAUACAUCAUUCGCGGGAUCCUUUUACCGUCGAGGUUUAAAUCAAUAUACUAACGACUAAUCGACUUAUCUAAAGUUAAAUUCAUUAAUUAGCUAGCUGUUCAUGGCUCUUCUCUGUGCAUGUAUGUGGGUGUGUGUAUGUUGUACGUGUGUGUUAACAAAAACAAACUAGU